AUGUCCAGAAAACGUCCUCGCACGGAAAGCACUGAUGAAAAUGGCGAAAACAAUAAAAGUUUGCAAGCUACAACUAGCCUCAUAACAGAUCAAGACUCUGAUUUGCCUUUGCAGUUUGAGCCUUCCAUUUUCGCCUUUAAACCUUCCAAUGAUUUCGUGAGAUUCGUGAGCGACUUUCUAUACGAACACGUUAAUAAAGAUAACAUAGAAAUUGAAGCAAAGUUAGGUGUGCUCUUGAGUAAAGACACCAAAACAAGAAUAGAUAUGCCAGUUACCUGUGAAACUAUAAUCCAUCGUAGCGAAGAGCAUCGGUGUCAAUUUGAGAGCAACAUGACACCUCAACAACACUGUCAUUUUAAUAAUAUUUUGAAUGCAAGGGUAAAUCACACUAUGAAUCCUUCAUAUCAGGGAGCUCCGGUAAAAUAUAAACACACUAAAGAAACAGACAGGUUUUAUCGUACCGAGUCUGGAAAUAAAAUAAGAGUAACCACAGAUCAGAGCAGUGGACAGAUAUUAGAAGGCGGAGUAGUGGAGAAGAUACGAAUUGCAAAUCUGAAUAUUUAUUCACCGAAUACUCAUCUUGACUAUCGAAUAACUGUCAAUAUAGAAAAGCCAAGGCUGAAUUUGAGUUGGGUUGGGUUGUUAUUUUGCGUGAAAGGACCUAUGCCUAAAAGUCAACCGGAUUUUGAACGGAAUAAAGAUCGAAUGACUUAUCUACAUCAAAUAUUCAAGUUUGAUUUGACACAGGUUAAGAUUCCAGAGAGACCUUCUCAAAAUGGAGUUAGAGCACCCAGUCAAGAGGUCACUCAUGAAUUGGAAGUGGAAUUCGUCGAUCCAACGAUACUGCUCAGAGAACGACAGAAAAUCGAAAAAGGCCUGCCCAAUCGAUUUAUGGAGGUCGUUGAAGUGUUUCUGGAUAAUAUUCGCAUUUUGGCGAAAAAAGACAUGGAUUGUCCUCAAGAAAUAAAAAAAUAA